CUCACUCUUACUGUUUUCCCUCUCUCUCUUCUCUCUUUCCUUCUCCCCUUCUUUCUCUGAACUUUCCCUCUCUCACUCCCACUCUCCUGUCACAUCUGGUGGGGAUCUGGAUCUGAACUGACCAGGGCCGGCCCUGGGAGUGACUGUGUAGUUACUGUGGCUCCUCUCUAUCCUGCUAUGGGACUGUCUCUGGCUGGACUGGAAACCAGACUGCUUUGCCUCUGUCUCUGUCUCUGCUAACCUCCCUCUGUCAGAGAAGACAGUACAGGUCGUGUCCUCCUUCGCCUAACCACCCCGGGAGCCCUGCUGUUCUGACAAUACCUAUCUGACCAUCGGUGGUACAGGGCAGCUCAGGUAGCUCAGGUAGCUGAAGAAGUGAGACGACCAGGCACCACCAGCAGACAUGGCCAGGACAUCUCUGUUGCAGGGCCUGACUAUGUUCCUCCUGGCCUGGGCUCUGGUGCACUGCCAAGCCCCUCUGGAGCCCCAGGAGGAAGAGGAAGAGGACGAUCCCAUGGAGGAGACAGAGAUAGAGACCUUCCUGGUACCGGUCGUGGCGAAGGUGGAGCCGGUGGUGUGUCCUGGCGAGUGUAGCUGUACAGAGGAGGGAGCGGUGGACUGUGCUGGGGUUGACCUCAUGGACUUUCCUAGUGAGCUGUCUGAGAGCACGCGCAUUCUCUCGCUGCAGAACAACCGGAUAGAAAUAUUAACUAUUGAGGACCUGGCACGUCUGCAGCAACUGGAAACACUAAAUCUGCAAAACAACCGUCUGACUACGCAAGGCCUUGAAGAUGAAGGGUUUACAGUGCUGGAACAGCUGACCUACUUGUACUUGGCCAAUAACAAGAUCGGCAGUUCCAGAGGCUGCCGGAGACCUGGAGACCGGAGACCUCCUUUCCUGAGGACGGCUCACCUCUCACAGUUCUGGCUCACCACAGCACCCAGACACCUGCCUCCCUCACUGGUCAGUGCUGAUUUUGCCGCUAAUUCACUCACAAAGAUCUACCCGUACACAUUUGGCCAGAAGCCAGGACUGAAGUCAGUGUAUCUCCAUAACAACAAACUGACAGAUGCAGGGCUACCAGAGAACAUGUUUAACGGUUCUGACAGCCUGGAGGUUCUCAUCAUGUCCAGUAACUUCCUCCGCUACGUCCCUAGGAACCUGCCCUCUGCUCUCUACCGCCUACAUCUAAAGAACAACAUGCUGGAGAAGAUCCCAUCAGGGGCGUUUGACAGCCUGACCCAGCUCAGAGAGCUCUACCUACAGAACAACCUGCUUAGCAAUGAAGGCAUGGACAACGAGACCUUCAGCCAGUUGACCAAGCUGGAGUAUCUGGACCUGUCCAACAACAACCUGAGUGUGGUUCCUCAGGGUCUGCCUCGAGGUCUGAUACUGCUACACCUAGAGAAGAACAACAUCCGCAGUAUCCCUGGCGAUGCCCUCAUAGCCUGCCGUAACCUGGAGUACCUACUGCUGCACAACAAUCAGCUACGCUCCCGCUCCAUACACCAAGCUGCAUUCCAUGGCCUGAAGAAGCUACACACCCUCCACAUGUACAACAACCAGCUGGAGCGUGUCCCCAGGGGUCUCCCCCGCCGAGCCAAGACCCUUAUGCUGCUUCACAACGGCAUCAACGAGAUCGGACGCAAUGACCUGGUGAUGCUUUACACCCUGACUGAGCUCAACCUCAGCUACAACCGCCUCAUUAGCCCCAAGCUGCACCGAGAAGCUUUCAGGAAGCUGCGUCUGCUGGAGACCUUGGACCUGUCAGGGAACGCCCUCCACUCCCUGCCCCUGGGGCUACCCCGCUCCCUGCAGGUCCUCCGGGUGAAGGACAACCAGCUGACCUCCAUACCAGAGGGGGCGCUGCAGGGCAUGUCCAAGCUCAGGGAGAUCCACCUCAACCACAACCAGCUCAAACUCAACUCCAUCUACCAAGGAGCCUGGAUGGAGCUCAGCGCUCUGACGACGUUGGACCUGUCCAGUAACCAGCUGUCCCAUGUCCCCUCUGACCUGCCUGAGUCUCUGGAGUACCUGUACCUUCAGUCCAAUCGUAUCAGCACUGUCCCUGCCACUGCCUUCGAGGGCACCCCCAACAUCAAGGGCAUCUUCCUACGGUUCAACCGUCUGUCAGCCCACUCUGUGAAGGAGAGCUCCUUCAAACACCUGACCAACCUGCGGGUGCUAGACAUUGGCCACUUGAGUCACUCCGACCCCUCUGGCUCCCCCGGACCCCCCUUCGGACAAGAGGAAGAGGAGGAGGAAGAGAUAGAGAAAGAGGAAGUGGGAGAGGGAUUUGCUUAAUAAGUUUAGCCCAUGGACACAAGCUGCUUGAAUGAUCGGAACCAAAUGGUGCAGUUGUUUGAGAUGCCAUCCGAAAGUCCUGUUAUUUUGAACGUACAGAAACAUUUAUUUUUGCAGUAGAUUCAAAAAUGUAAAUUAAACUAUGAAUGGAAGGGGAACGUGGUAUUUUGUCCCAUUGCAUAUAGUGGUGAAUUGCAGAUGCACAUAUCUCUGGUGCAGGAUACUAGAUGAAAUGGUAUUUUUGUUUGUUGUAUUAUUUUUCUGGCCUUUGCUUGUCUAUGCAAUGACAGAUACGGUUGAUUUUUGUUCAUCCCAAAUUGCACCCUAUUCACUAUUGUGUGCACUACAUUUGACUAGGGCCUAUAGGGCUCUGGUCAAAAGUAGUGCACUAUAUAGGGAAUAGUGUGCCAAUUGGGACACCGCUUGUCUCACCACCACUUUAGUGGAACCAGAAAGAAAGAGACAGUCAGACCUGUCAUAUGUUGAUCAUACUGUAUGAGUUCCAUCUCUGAACUUUACUGUGUGCUAGCUGUGUCACCAUACAAAGAAGAUUAUGUUGAGAUUUGAAGUUAUUGUCAUCAGUUUUGAGCCUGUAUUCAUACAGAUGUAGGAUAUUAAUUUGAUCACCCUGUUGCAGGAGAACUUUCCUGCAAUGCAGGAAAUGUAAAUUGUGUAUUUGAGGUUUAAAAAGGUUUCUGAACUUUGUAAUUCUCACUUUGAAAUUUCAGACUUGAUUUUCCAUUGCAUUUUUUUUUAUCAACUCCUACAAAGAUGUUCAUUAAUUAUAAUCCACAUAAUAAUUCACAUUUCCUGUUGCUGCAGGAUUAUUUUCCUGCUGUAGCAAACUGGCUCAAAUGAAGAUCCUACAUGUGUACGGUAAAGUGUCUCAGACUAGGAGUACUGAUCUUGGAUCAGAUCCCCGCUCUUAUUCAUUAUGUUCUAAAAGGCUAAACUGAUCCUAUAUCAGCACUCCUACUCUGAGAUGCUUUGUGGAUACUGGCUCUGGGUGUGAUUGUGUGUCAUGGCCUGGUAAUACAGUCUGGCUUUAUGUCAUUCUGUUAUUCUUAUAUCAUCGUUAAUAUGCCACAGAAGUUCCGUGACUGUGUCACAAUCUCCUCCCUCGCUCAGCCUACCAGGAGCUUGAUCCAUGCUGCUAAUCUAAUGCCUUGCUUUAAUCCAGUCUUGUUUUACAACGAUAACGAUUGCAAAUAUUUGUAUAUGGUUUCUGAAAAACUCAUGCUAUUAAAUUAAUCUUGUUGCUAUGAA